UUAAAUAAUGUUUAAAAUUCAACUAGCAACAAUUGUUGUAUUAUUUAUGAUGAAGAUUCCAGUGAGCCAUCAAGUAGACCCGAUACAACCGGUCAAGUUUGAUAUUGUGGCGGUUACUGAACGACACGGUUUCGGUACUAUUGCCAGAAAACUGAAAGUCCCGCUCGAUUUAAUGGCCAACGAGUUGAACAAAUUUUUCGCCAGUUUCGCCAACGCACCCGUAGAUAAUAAUAAUAAUGACGAUUAUGACCUAUUGUUUAUCAUACGCGACGAUUUGGGUCGGGUAUUGAGAAAUUUUGCCAACGAUAUGGACCGGUUUCGGCAUGAAUUUGCUGAGAAAAAAUCCAAUCCGGCGGCCAAUGCCGUCAAACGGGUAUCACAGCUGCUGACAGAUAUCUCACGGGAAAUAACCGAAACUAUUCAGCCACUAGUCAGUGGUCAGACACGUAAAAUCGGGCCAUUAAUUGAUAGAAAUUUAGGUGUGUUUACCCAGAAAUUGGCUACAACUGUUGGACAAAUGUUGACUACCGCGGAGAUACCUAAAUGGGUAUCCACUGUAUUGGUCGAUGUAUUUGAAACACUAGCCCUGGCCACGAGUCAGUCUAUCAAAUCUAAUUUAGAUAGGAUUAAAGCCCAGUCUACCGAAACUGACGGUCAACUGGUAUCCAAACAAUACCAAACCGUUCAACUGGUUGGCCAUAAAUUGGACGAACAGUUCAAGAAAAUUGUCGAUAUUUGCAAAAAUGUCGAAAAACAAGAAUAA